CGCGCGGCGGCCGUUGCCCCGGGGGAGCGGCGAUGGCGCUGCUGGUGCGGGAGCCGCUGGGCGCGCGGGCGCGGCUGCUGCCGCUGCCGCCCGGCGGGGGCUCCGUGCGGGGCCUCCUCCGCGACCGCGCUCGGGCGCUGAAUAUUCCUGAAGAAAGCUUGUAUGUGAAAUGUAAUGGGCGACUGGUUGAUGAUGAAGAUGUCCUGCAGAAUGGGGCUGUUUAUAGUCUGGAACCAAGACUUUGUGGUGGAAAAGGAGGGUUUGGAUCUAUGCUGCGAGCGCUUGGUGCUCAGAUUGAAAAGACAACAAAUAGAGAGGCUUGCCGAGAUCUCAGUGGAAGGAGACUUAGAGAUGUCAAUCAUGAAAAAGCGAUGGCUGAAUGGGUGAAGCAGCAGGCGGAACGGGAAGCAGAAAAAGAGCAAAGGCGCUUGGAAAGGCUGCAGCGGAAACUUGCAGAGCCAAAGCACUUUUUCACAAAUCCAGACUACCAGCAGCAGUGUCAUGAAAUGGCUGAACGACUAGAAGAUUCAGUCCUUAAAGGAUUGCAGGCCUCUUCAAGCAGAACAGUGUCACCAGAAAGCAGCAGCAGUCGGAAGCGUCCAGGUGAAUCUGUAAAAAAUGGAACAAAAUCCCAAAAAAGAAAAUGUUUUUGGCUGGGGUUGGAAGGAUUGGAUGAUCAAGACAGUUCAGAUGGUGAGGAUGACAGUGAAGGUGAUUCACCUUAUGCAUCUGAUGAAAGUUGUCCAUCAGGCAGCAGAUACAAUGACAAUGCUGGAAACUCAAAUGAAGGUUCAAACAGCUCUGUAGAUUCAGUAGAGGAUACGCCAGCUACCAGUGCUACUGAGAAACCACUGGAGCAGCUAGAAGGUACUGGAAGAAAUCUGCAAGGAGAGACACACACAAGUGGGCAAACUGAAAUUCCAGUUGAAGAAAACAGUAAAAUGACAUUGCCCUUGAAGGAAGAAGCCCAAGAAAAGAAUGAAGUAACCCAAGCUGUAGGAGAGGAGCAAGAAAAUGUUUCCUCUAAGACACAGGAGACGAACCAGUUACAGUGCACAGAGGUGGAACCUGUAGACCUCCUGGUGUUCAACUCUGCUGCUGAACUGGAAGUCCUGGGUUUGGAUAAACUGAAGAUGGAAUUGAUGUCUCUAGGACUGAAAUGUGGAGGCACUUUAAAGGAAAGAGCAGCAAGGCUUUUUUCUGUGAGAGGUCUGUCUAGAGACCAGAUAGAUCCUGCCUUGUUUGCAAAGCCAUCUAAGGGGAAAAGAAAGUGAUUUAAAAAAAAAUUGUAUCCAUGUGGUUUUCAAUUUUUCUUACACUGUUCUCAUUCCAUACUGCCACAUAAAAUUAUUUGUCAUCCCUGGGUAGUUUUUUUUUCUAUUCUUAAUGAAGUUCAAUUAAUGUAACACAGAGUGAGUUGCUAGGUAGUGAUUAGCUUUGCAUUCAGUACAUUCACUAUGACUGUCUUUUGAUAAGCUUUACAAAUGGUUGUAACGAGUCGUAAUGUGACAGGUAGAACAAACUCUCUGCAGAUGGAGAUAAAUAACCUGAAUGUUUUCUGGAAAACAAUUGCAUUACGUCAUCAUCACCUAUUUUAAGAAAAAGAACAAUCCUUUCUUAGCUUUGUAUUGAGUCUCCUUUGGUGUGUUUUCCAGUUAGUGCAGUUACAGCUGUCAAAUGGGAAACUUUGAACCUGUGACCCAGGCUUAAAAGCUGAAGUUUGAUUAAAUAAAGAACAUUUUUAUAUGGA